UACAAUAUUUUAACAAUCACAGAUUGGUUAGCAAGGAAAAGAACAAGGACUAUAUGUUCGUCAAGCGAUGGUGAUCAUAUCGAUUCUUUAACCUCCUCCUUACUCUCUAAUUUACCUCCCAAACCAAUACCAUCCAACACUUCACUAUUACAUAAAACUGCAAAAACCAAGGAACUAACAUCACUAAAAUGUAUUUACUCAAGAAAGAAAAAUGAUUCAAUAGAUAAAAGAAUAGUAUGUUGUUUUAAACGUGUGGCAAAUUCUAAAGAAGCAAAUACCAAAAUCAAGGAAACAAGCAAAAGUAUUAUCAAUGAUGACUCUGAUGACGCAAAGAACAAUCCAGAAGAACAACUAAUGCAUAGCACGAAUCUAGAAGUUAAAUCUUAUUUUGAAUCUCUAAUGAGUAUAGAAUCAAUAGAUUUACAUAAACAGAAAUCUGAUUCUAGUUAUAAAAAAGCAAUACCUAAUUUUCAAAUAAAAUAUAAACGCAAUGAAGAAAAACGCGCUAAAACAUCUAAAGAUGCAAAUGUUAAAAAUGAACCUAUUGUAUUUUGUUUUACGCAUAAACAUAGGUCUUGUAGAAAUAACGGUAAAGCCCCGCUUUUGAAACGUAGCAGGAAAUCUACUAAUAUGGUUAAAUACAGAAAUGUCUUAUCAGAACCACCACUAAAACAACCAUUGAACAGAAGUAUGUUAUUAGGAAAAUAUAAAUUAAAGAUAUCACGACACUCAGAUGCCAGACCGGCACGAGUCAUACUCUUAAAUCAAAACCUUAACGAAUCAAAUAACGAAAGUAAAACAAAUAUCACAAAAGAAAAAGUCGUAGAUAAAGAGUUUCACAAAAUGACUGAAAAACUUGUCGAAACAGUAUUCGAGAAUUACGCUAAAUUUGAAAACUACAAAUCCGAAGAUCAUUUGCGAAGCUUCAUUAAUCGAGUUAUCGCAGAAAUAUAUUGUUUCAGUUGCGAACAGAUUGACGAUCAUCCAGUAAAGGCACUUUUUAAAUGUCUACUGGAAUACUGGAUACAGAAUAGCGCGUUUCCACGAUUAAAAGAGACAGUCAAAGCGGUUAAAUCUAUCAGUAAACCGUCAAAUUAUUAUUUUACUAAAGAUGAGAAUACUUCGAGUCUAUGCGUCCACAAUCAAAGCCAAGAAACGCAAUGUCACGAUUACUAUGACCCUUUAAGAAAGAAGAAAUCUAAACAAUCGUAUAUAUUCAAUCCGUUUGGUUUAGCAAAACUGCCGAAAUCGGAAAGCUUUAACAAAGAACAACAGAUUCAAGAAUUAGAAAGAAUAAUAAAGAAUACAGUUUAUUACUGUGAUAACACGCGUACUGAGCCUAGAGAAAGUAAAAAAGACGAUAUUCAAAUAACGAAGAUUUUAAUAGAAAACAUUGGUAAAGAUUGCCUUAAUCAAGCGACAAACGAAAUCAAUAAAGUAGCCAAUGAAACUGAAUUAAUGGAAUUGCAAAAGGUUAUAAACUAUUUACUAAGCGAAACUUCGCUUCCAGUAGAUAUGGUGAAAGAGAUUUUCAAAGCAUAUUUGAAUAUUCUUAAAAAUGAAAGUGUCGAUGAAAUUGCUAGCAGUUUGUCAAUAGAUACAGCUAAAAAUAUUGAAUCAAACUCUUAUAAAUGUGACGUAUUAACAGAUUGCGUACAAAAACAUAUAUCUAAAAAUAUAAAUACACAAAGUUUUCAAGAUAAUAUAUCUUUUAAUGAAAACUUGUCUUUGAAUAAUGUAAGUGAGAUAUAUUUGUAUAACGUUUUAAACAAGAUAACUUUCAAAUCUGACAAUGUUAAAAUACCUUGGGAUCGUAACACACAAAAGGAGAAGAUAAAAGAAGCUAUGCAAGAAUAUAAACAAUUAAAAGACUCUACAUUUAAAAUGCAACCUGAUACAAGUAAAGUUGAUAACAAAAAUAGGGUUUUAUACCUCUCACAAUACAAUCAUAUUUCCACGGAUAAUGUUCCUCUGGUAAAAGAAAUCAUGUCCAUUGCGAUUAAACUGGAAGACACACCUAAUGCAGAAGCAAAAAAUUCAAAACCAGAUUAUUUUAUAAAAGACAAGGGACCUUUCAAAAAUAUCCCACGGAAUUUGCUACCAAAUUUGGAUUACAAAACUAAUUCUGACAGAUUAUAUUCUACACAAACAGUUGAUCCAACAGAUUAUAAUAAAAACCCUUUUUUGGAUUACAACUGUACACAUGACAAUAUAAGUAUCAAGCCUUUUUGCAGUAGUGAUACUUUAUCUAAAGAAUGUUUUAAGAAAAUCUACGAGAAAAGAUGGGAACUUAAUAAUUUCGAGUAUCUUAUAAGUGACAAUUCUAACAUGACGAGAUUGUCUUCUGACGCAUUUAAAAGACAAUCCAACAUUUUAACUCUUAUUGAAAAAGAUAACAUCCCUAAUACAUCGAAUAAAACAGAUGUUAGAAAAGAGAAUGAAAAUGUACCUAAUUUCUUUGACAAUAAAGAUUUAAAUUCCUUAAAAAGUAAAUUAUCGGAUAUUAUUGAUGAAGAAUUUAAAAAAAUGUUGCUUAACAAAUUGAGCACACUUUCGAAGACUAUACCAGCUUUACGUGAAGAUAUUUACAAGUUAUAUCAUAAAAUAUUGGAAAAAUACGACAAAAUCGAUACAACAAUUUCUAAAUCAUUGCAUAAUCUUGAAAAUUCAGAAGCAAUCAAUAGACAUUCAAAAAAAGAUACGGCUGUUCAAUUCGAAGUAACAGAUCCAAUAGAUGAAGUUGUAAAAAAUAAUGCAACCGUUAACACGACAAGUUUUACAACCCUUUUAAAAACAGUCAAAUGUAUGGAUGACAAAGCAGAAAACACACAACAUUCUGAUAAGAAAUUUGAAUUCGGUAAUACAAAAAAAACAGCUGAACUACCUAAAAAUGCUGAAGUAAAAGUUACUGUCCUGAAAGAAAAAAAAAGUAAAGCUGUAUCGAAUCAAAAGUUAUACCGAUUAAAAUGCACACGUGAUUUUACAAUGAACACGCCGUUUAAAUUUAGAAAAAACGAUAAAAACAAACGGACAAAUAUAAUAGUUACGUUAAAAAAGAAAUCGCCACAUAAAUUUGACAGUAAAGCAUUGAAAAAUUUAAGAAAAAACCUUAUCAAUGAUACUCAAAGAUCGAAAACAUCCAACCCAAAUGCUCACGAACUAAAAGACAAAUUGUCCAAAGAUUAUAAAUUUUAUCAACAAUAUUUCAAUAGUAAAUACAAGAUGAAGAAAUACAGUUCUAUUCUCACUUCUAACACUAAGUUAGUCAGUAACGGAGACCUUAAGACUCUAUACAGAUGUUCCAGUGACAGAUAUCAUAAAUCUGGGCUGGUUAGCCCGACGGGCGCGCCCCUGCGCGGCCCGCAAGCCGGGUUUGUGUCCGGCACCCCUGGCGGACGAUUGGCUACUUGGAUAAUAGAUUCCGGUGGUCCGUUAGAGAAUGCGUCUCGCGAGCUGGGGCAGGCGCAGCUGUCGGUGCAGCAGCUGCAGCGGCUGCUGGAUGCGCUGGAGAUGCAGCAGCAGGUCCACCAUGAUACUGAUGUAUCACUAGAAGGUGCUUCCCCUAACGUGAAGAAAGACCGGCGUAAGUUUGGUCUAAGGAAAAAGAAAUCUAACAGUAAAUGUGCGUCCGUAGAACUACAGCCUCCGCAUAUUGAUCCUUCUAACUCUCAUAUGGCUCUUUCAGCACUAACAGCGCCCCCCUCCCCCGGCGGUGGCGCAUCCUCCAUCCCCAAUUCGGCAGCUUCGUUGCCCAUCGCGUGUGCGGCGACACGUCCGCAGUCGCUGCCGGGGGCGGAGGCGCUGGGGGCGGCGGGCGGCGCCUCCCUCGCCAGCCUCACACCUGAUCAUCAGAUCAGAGAAGACUUUACAGUCCUCGCGAAAGACCUGGUGGCCAGCUUGAAAGGGAUAGUGGCUACUUUGGUGUGUGAGAGGGGGCGAUAUAUAUCGGAUUUAAACCCUUAUCUGACAGUGACGUCAUUGAGCUAUCUGAGGCUCUAUCAGCCAAUUUUGGGAAAGGUACAUAUUCUUGUUUAUUUCCAGAGGUUAUGUGAAGAGUUGGAGUACUCCGAGCUACUGGACCUGGCAGCGGGCAGCAGCAGCGCGGCGGAGCGCAUGUCGCUGGUGGCCGCGUUCGCUGUGAGCGCGUACGCGGCGACCGCACACCGCGCCGCCUCUAAACCAUUCAAUCCGUUACUAGCAGAGACUUAUGAAUGUGUUAGAGAGGAUAAAGGGUUCAGAUUCAUCGCUGAACAGGUAUCGCACCACCCCCCCAUCUCUGCGUGCCACGCGGAGUCCGGUCGCUGGAGCUUCUGGCAGGAGGCGCGCAUCCGCACCAAGUUCUGGGGCAAGUCGAUGGAGUUCCAGCCGGCGGGCCGCGUGCACGUGCGUCUGCACACCACCGGAGAUCAUUAUAUAUGGAAUAAGAUGCCAUCGUUAUGUGCGAUGCCGCCGGAGCACGAGCACUACUACGGGUUCACGCGCUUCGCUAUGGAGCUGAACGAGCUGGAGCCCGGCAUGCGCGACCUGCUGCCGCACACCGACACGCGCCUGCGGCCGGACCAGCGCGCGCUAGAAGAAGGCGACGUAGAACGCGCAGAGCAACUGAAGCACCAGCUGGAGCAGGUUAGAUUUAUAUCAUAG